AUGAUCGAUGCACACAGUGCACCGCCAUCAGCACCAGAUUGUAAUUCCAUCGUAUCAUCAUUGUCCUCCGAAUCUGACUCCUCACUGACAUCGCGCUAUAACAACACGCACCCGACAAUGAACAUGCUGAAUGCAGCCUCCAUUGAUCACCUCGCCCCAACCAAGGUUCCCAUUCUCUUACCGGGUGACAUUACCCCCGAUGUCAUGAGAGAGUAUGAACACGCUUGCCUUGGGUACUUCGACCACAAGUCGAUCGAGGACAAUGUCCAAGUCCGCAAGAUCAUCGUGGGCUUGAAGGACUCUCACGUUCACGAUUGGAUUGCCGCUGACCACGCGUGCAUACAGUCACUCACAUUCAAGGAAUUUAUGACCAAGUUUCGCACCAACUACCUUGAAGAACAUUGGGAAGAGACCACGUGUCGCGAACUCCUUGGCAUAUCACAGAGCAGCAGUACUUUCUGGGAUUUUGCAGUUAAAGUCCAGGCGAAGAACUCUCUACUCAGCGGAACUGAUUCUCACCUUGAUGAGAAGAAGCUGCGCCACCAGAUCGAGGCCGGAAUGACAGAGCAUCUUGCCAAGCGUUGCAAUGCAGAAAAGGUCAAUGCUGUCAUCGAUUUCCCCAAGUGGCUCAGUGAAGUCAAACACGUCGACAAAGCCUAUCACGAGGACAUCAAAGAAUUCGAAUGUAUCGCAGGGUCUAGACGUGACCAAACUCGUCGGGUACAACCCCUUGGAGAGCCUUCCCGCCGUGGAAACACAGCCUCCACUGCCAACAUCGCGCAGUCGGAGCUCAAACGUGCUCUGAAACUUACAGCAAAGGAACGUGCACUACUUUUCGAUAACGAUGGGUGCCUUCACUGCUGCAAGUUCUUCGCAGGCCACCGUGCCAAUAAUUGCCCCAACGACUUUCCUAGCCCCGUCGGCUAUACCGAACUCACGCAGAAAGACGUCAACAUGGCCAAGACAUCUCACACACACACCGUUGCCGUCGUCGCCUCCACCUUGUCAUCGUGUGAACAGUCAGCUAGUCCUGUUCCCGCUGUGCACCCUGUCACCGCAGUAAUGGGAUCUUCACAUUUCAACUUCUCCGGACCAUCCUCCAAUGUGUCCAACGUCCUCAAGGACGAAGGAUCAGAUGAUUCACGAUCAGUAAGCACCACAUGCAACAUCAUUUCCACCCAUCGUGGCGUGUGCACCUCUGUGUCUGCUCCGAUUGUAAACAAUGAUCUUGCUCCAUUCCAUAUCCCGCACCUUCGCUGGUCAUGCAUCGCCACAGGACCUGCCGUCUCUGUUCCUCUCCCUAUUGAUGCACUUAUUGACAAUGGUUCUCACACAGUCUUGAUUCGUGAUGAUUAUGUCACGUCGCUAGGGCUGCGUCGUCGCAGACUGCCAGUACCUGAACAUGUCGAACUUGCAAUGAAGAAUGGAGGAAAGAAAGUCAUCGUCGAAUUACGUGAAUGGGUAAAGCUAUCAUUACAUGAUCUGUCUUCUCUUUGGUCAUCGCGUGUCAUCUGCGCUAUUAUUGCACCCGGUCUUUGUUCCCCUGUCAUCCUUGGUCUCCCUUUUCUGCAUCACAACCACAUCAUUGUGGACCACGAGUUUCGUACUGCAAUUUGUAAAGACUCCGGCUUUGACCUGUUACACCCAGCUCCCCCUGUACCACCACCUCCUCGUCGCACUACGUUGAAAGAACAAUUCAUUAAUGUAUGCAAAACCCGCAAGGCCAUCUCAGCUGAGUUAAAGACUACUUGUGCGACACAUAGAGAUGACCGUGAGCAGCACACAAUAACACCCACCCCACACAUUGUCGCUGCUGUGCGACAAAGACUCAAGGUUUUAUCCACAUCGCAAUGUCUUGCUAACCUUGGGCAGGAAAUCGUCGCUGAAUUCUCUGACAUUUUCUCCCCCAUUCCACAUAUUGACGUGCUACCUACGAAUGUUUACUGCUGUAUUAAAUUAAAGGACACCUCACACACCCUCACCACAUGCUCAUACAGCACACCGCACAAGUAUAAGGAAGCAUGGUCCACUCUGAUACAUGAACAUCUUGAGGCUGGUCGCAUACGUCCAUCAAAUUCCCCGUUCGCAUCACCUGCCUUUCUGGUACCCAAGGCAGACCCAACUGCCUUACCACAGUGGGUUAAUGAUUACUGUGCCCUAAACGCUAACACUGUACUUGACAGUCACCCAUUACCACAGGUCGAGGACAUCCUUUCAGAUUGCACCAAAGGAAAAAUCUGGAGUAAGAUGGACAUGACUAACUCCUUUUUCCAAACCAGAGUUCACCCAGACGACGUACACUUGACCACUGUCACAACAACUCUGAGACUCUACGAAUGGCUCGCGAUGUCUAUGAGCCUGCGUAACUCUCCUCCAAUACACCAACAGCGGAUGACUUCUGCACUCCGCACGUACCUUGGCAAGUUUUGCCACAUUUACCUCAAUGAUAUAAUUAUUUGGUCAAAUUCUGUUGAUAAACAUGCCGAGCACGUAUGUCUUAUCCUCAGUGCACUCCGUGCUGCGAGUCUCUACUGUAACCCGAAGAAAUGCAAGUUUUUCGUAUUACAGCUCGAUUUCCUCGGUCAUCGCAUAUCGGCAAAUGGCAUUGAAGCGCAAACUUUCAAAGUGGAUAAGAUUCUUGUGUGGCCACGUCCGAAAUCUGCAUUGGAUGUUCGCUCGUUUCUCGGCCUCAUUUGCUACAUUGCUGCCUUUUUGCCAAAGCUCGCAGAUCACACCUGUGUGCUAAUGCCGCUGACCACAAAAGAUGCGAAAUGCUCCUUCCCUGACUGGAUGGAGGCUCACCAAUCUGUGUUCGAUUCAAUCAAGGCCCUUAUCGUGAGUCGUGAAUGCCUCACCGUCAUCGAUCACAACAAUCCGGGAAACAACAAUGUCUACAUCACCUGUGAUGCUAGCGACUGGCAGACCGGAGCAACAUUGUCCUUUGGUCCUACCUGGGAACAAGCCCGUCUCGUAGCAUUUGAUUCCAUGCAGCUCAAAGGUCCAGAAAAGAAUUACCCAAUCCAUGAGAAGGAGCUGCUCGCGGUGAUCCGCGCACUUAAGAAGUGGCGUGCAGAUCUCAUGGGUAUGCUGGUCUAUGUCUACACUAAUCAUCGUAUGCUAGAAAACUUCGAUUCUCAAAGAGACCUCUCCAGGCGCCAACUAUGUUGGCAGGAGUUCAUGGCGCAAUACGAUCUCACCAUUGUCUACAUCCAUGGAGAAGACAACACGGUCGCGGAUGCUCUGUCUCACUUGCCUCCAGAUAUCUUCCCUGAUGAACGCUCCAACUUGCCAACACAUGAAGUUUGGAAUGCUACUUCUGUAAAUGCUGUUCUUUCGAUCACAACGGACACCACGGUGCUUGAUGAAAUCUGCCUCGGAUACACCACUGACGAAUUUUGCAUCAAACUAAUAAACAGUGCACCUCAAUCCCUCGGCGUACAGGAAGCCAAUGGACUUUGGUAUAUCGGUGACCAGCUAGUCAUCCAUCAUGUCAGCGACCUGCACGAGAAUUUGUUCCGCCUUGCGCAUGAUGUGUCCGGACAUUUUGGCGCAGAUAAAUCAUAUGCCCUCCUCCGAGAUGCUUACUACUGGCUGAAUAUGCGGCGCGACCUCAAGACCGCAUACAUUCUCUCCUGCUCUGACUGUCAGCGCAACAAGUCAAGGAUGUCGCAUCCCACCGGGCCUCUCCAUCCACUGCCUAUCCCCGAUGAUCACGGUGACAGCAUUGCGCUUGAUUUCAUUAGUCCACUACCUCUCGAUGAAGGCUAUGAUUGCAUUUUGACCAUUACAGACCGUCUACACUCUGACAUGCGUAUCAUACCGACAAACACCACGAUCACAGCACAGCAAUUGGCAGUUCUUUUCUUCAAUAAUUGGUACUGCGAAAAUGGUUUACCCCUAGACCUUGUCUCUGACUGCGACAAGCUGUUUAUCUCUCGAUUCUGGGACGCGCUUCACAAGUUGACGGGAGUCACCCUCAAGCUUUCCACUGCAUAUCAUCCACAGACCGACGGCAUAACCAAAACUGAUGCUCGCGAAAUCAUCGAGCGUAUACAACUCGACGUCGCUGAAGCCAAGGACAAUCUCCUGGCCACUAAGCUCCAUCAGGCACAUUUCGCUAACCUACACUGCGCGUCGGAGCAUAAUUUCAAACUAGGCGACUGCGUCAUGCUGUCAAUCCUUCAUAGGAGAUCCACCUAUAAGAAAAAGGGCGAGCGAUGCGCCGCUAAGUUCUUUCCUCAUUUCGACAGACCGUACACUAUUACUAACAUUCAUCCCGAGACAUCAAAUUUCACUCUCGACAUGCCAAAUGACCCCAACAUUUUCCCCACUUUCCACUCCUCCAAACUCAAGCCAUACCACGAGAAUGAUGUGUCGCUGUUCCCAUCCCGCAAACUGAUACCCCCCGGCCCACUCGUCACCCCCGAUGGGCUUAAGGAAUACUUCGUUGACUCCAUCAUCGACUCAAGACAUCGUGGUCGCAGUUGGCAAUAUCUCGUUCGUUGGUCUGGCUAUGGCCCUGAACACGAUUAUUGGAUUGCGGCAUCCGAACUCGAUGAAUGCAAAGUGGUGGAUCAUUGGAUAGCAUCGGGUGGGGAUGGGCCAACCACACGGUAG